AUGAACCACCAAAGCAGGCUCAUAGUGUUCCUUCCAAAUUUGCUAAUAAUGUUGAUCAUUCUACUCCAUCCAAAAAUAUGGACUGUGGCACAGGAAGUUGGUAAUGAGAGGGAGUUUAAUUACAUAAAAGGGAGUGAAAAGGGUCCCUCAAAUUUGGGCAAACUGAAGAAGGAAUGGGAAACAUGUAAAACUGGAAGAAUGCAAUCUCCUACUGAUUUGUCAAGUCACAGGGUGAGAGUGGUACCAAAGUUGGGGGAGUUAAAGAAGUUCUAUAAGCCUCAGAAUGCAACUGUGAAGAACAGAGGCCAUGACAUUGAGAUGAAGUGGGAGGCAGAAGUGGGAUCAAUAACACUUUGUGUUCACGAUAAUAGUCCAGACCACCGCUCCCCAUAUAGCCCACCAAGCUCGACUCUGCUUCAAGUUCUAGCUACCAUGAAUGAAUUGCAGAAAAUGCAGUUGAGGUAUGAACUGGAGCUGCACAUGGUUCAUGAAGGCCCAAAAGUAAACGGGAAGAGCAAGAUUGCUGUUGUUGGACUUCUGUAUAAGAUUGGUCGACCCGAUCCAAUUCUCAACAAGUUGUCAAAAUACAUAAAAUCCAUGGGGAAUGAUGAUGAAGCAGAAAGGAGCAUUGGGGUGAUGGAUCCCUCAAAAAUCAAGCUGGGUGGCAAGAAAUAUUACAGUUAUAUUGGCUCCCUCACUGUCCCUCCUUGCACUAAAGGUGUCAUUUGGACCAUUAAUAAGAGGAUAAGAAGUGUGACAAAGGCGCAAAUCAAGUUGCUAAGAGAGGCUGUCCAUGAUCAUGCAAAGAGGAAUGCCAGACCUGUACAAUCCCUGAAUAGACGAGGGAUACAACUCUAUGGUCCAAAACGGAAGGAAUAA